GAAGUACAAUUAUAUUAUGCGUAUCUUACAUAUUGCAUUCAAUAUUAGUAUAGUCUAAUGAUGCCACCCUAGAUUUAGCAAAUGAAUGAAGGUAGGGGAAAGAAGGAGGCCACGCCGGUCUAUUGUCUGUUUAAGCGUGCGUCACAAUGCGCACGCUUGGAUUUUCUAGGCGAAACAAUUCAGACAACUUUCAGGUUUCAUUCGUCACAUUCGGGGUGGAACGACUCGUUGUCCGUUGUGAGUGUGUAUGCACUUAUGUUGGUAGCAACGUAGCGAACCAUGAAGAGCGAUCGAUACGUGACUCACGUCAAAGCCGGCCGACAAAUUGAAUUGAACCGUCGACGCGGACGCUUCUGUCGGGAGGGUUACUGCGAAAAUUUCAAGUGACAGAAGAAUGCUGCAGGAUCACGAGCUCUUCGCUCGUUUGUGCGAGAAACGCGGAAUCUCCUCGAUUCCCGAAAUCUCAGACGCAAUCAGAGUUAGCAGUAUCACCGGGGAGCUACGAUUGUCUUGCCUAUCGAUAAUGAUACCGGUCUGCGAGAUUAUAGCGCGGAUGUUGGUGUCCAGUCACACGAUCAGAACAAUCGACCUGAGCGACUGCAUGUUACUGUCGAAGGGUCUCGCCAGUAUCCUCGACGCGCUCUGCGAAGGCACCACCGUGACGACGUUGCACCUGAAGGGUAACAACGUGAACGGGCCCGCUGUGGCCCAGCUGGGCAGGGUGUUCGCAUGCAACAACACGCUGAAACGGCUGCACAUCGAGUGGAACAGCGUCGGUUCGGACGCGGACUCGUUCACCGCUUUCUGCGACGGCCUGGCGAAGAACCACAAUAUCGAGCAGCUCGAUCUUAGGUACAAUCAGAUAUCGGCGCAUUGCGCCGAGCACCUGUGCAAGAUAAUACGCGCGAACAAGUCUCUGAAGAGCAUCGACUUAUCUUGGAACACCUUGGGCCUGCAGGGCGGUCGACUGCUGCUGAACGCAAUGCGCGAGAACAAGACCAUCACGGACCUCGUGUUGCGCGGAAACUGCAUAUCCGAGGACACCGCGCUCGCGAUCGAGGAAAGACUGCGGGAGAACCGUCGUACACGUGCGACGAGCGAUUUCGUCUUAUCCGCCAACGUGGAAAUCGUCGAGUCUGCGAGAACGACGGAGAAGGAAGACCUCGUAGCGUCCGUGAUGAGCGACGCUCAUAUCCCGAAGCAGAGGCUUCCCACGCCGCAUCGAAGAGAGAAGCUCAAGAUUCGAGCUCGUCAAGUGCCUGCAGAUGUCUCGGAAGUAAAUUCGAAAGACAACUCGGAGGUAGACUCGGAAGUGAACGCGGAGCUCGAGGACGACAGCAAAAUUGAUACGAACGUGGGUGCGAAUGUCCCCUCGCAAGAUCGCGACAACCGUGCGAGCGAGACCGACGUCAAGAUCGCCGAUCUCGGCAAAAUGCUGCAGGAACGUACCCAGGCGAUCGAUCUGCUGACCGGUGAGAUUGCGACGAAGGCAACAGAGGUGAAUGACACGCGGGCACAGCUGGACUUGUUACAGACUCAGGUUAGUCGGUUGCAGGAGGAUAAGGAGAAGCUCGACUCGGACAAGGCGAGGGAAAUAGCGGAGUUGCGGAAGAACCACGACCAGGCGGAGGAAAACUGGCGGAGGAGUUACAAAGACCUGAAGAACAACUUCAACGAGUGCUCGCGGAAUAAAAAGGAGGCGGAGUCCAAAGUUCGACGAUACGAAACAGAGAUUCACAGAGGCUCGGUGAAAAUCGAUCUAAUGAGAGACAAGCUCGUCUCUGCCACACGGGCGUACGAAGACCUGUUAUCAAAGACCAAGACUGAGAUCCACCGUCUGAGAAGAGAAUCGAGGGAGCGCGAUAACAAGCACAAAAUCGAGCAGAAUCUCUUGAAGACCACGCUCAAGGAGACUACGCAGGCCCUAGAAGAUUGUCAGCUUGAGCUGCAAAAGAACAGAAGAGAUUCGCGCGAUUUGUCCAAAAGUCAGGCUCUUUUAAAGGCUAAGUUGGACGACGCGGAAUGCAGGAUUCUCAGGUACACGAAUUUGGAGGGAAACUACCGGAAGAUAGAAGAGGAAAAGAACGUGUUGGAGGAGAAAUUAGUUGAUUCCCAGAAAAUUGGGUCCUCUUUGAAGCGCCAAAUCGCAAAUCUUCAAAGCGAGCUGAUCGAACCACAAAGACGUGAAAAUCUGCUCAAGGAGGAGCUCGAGUUGGAAAAGCAGACGAACGAGAGGUUAAAACGAGAACUUCACGAGGAGAGCGCCAGACUGAAGGACCAAAAUCUCCAAAUGGAAAAGAUGCAUCAACAGAUCGCUAUACUGAACACGCAAUUGAAUGAAGUUCGAGAUAUUCAUGCUGAAAUUUUGCGCGAGAGGGAAAAAGAGAGGAAACAAUUUCAAGACAUUAUCUCAAGCAAGGAGCGUAAUCUCUCGGAAUUACGCGCCGAGGAAGUUCAAAGAGCCGGACAACUCUACGCGGCUUUCAACAAAUACUUGAGCUCCAUAGCUCCGAAUUCCAAUUUGUGAUUUUUUUCGAGCAUUGGUGAAGAUCGUGUUUGAAUAAAGGCCUAUCGCAUUUGUAUAUACUUCUUCCUGCUCGUGUAUAUAUUAUCUUUCAACUUGAAUUCAUCAUAUAUCACCAUCGGCGAGAUUUUAUCAAGUAAUAAAGAAAAGAUUGGUACACACUAUAUUAAAUUAUAAGACAAA